UGCUGGCGCUGGCUUGAGCCUGUGUUCCAGCGGUUCUCGAAGACAUUCUUUCCGUUCCUGGGGACGUUCCAUCGCUGUCCAGCUGCCUCCCAGGGCGCGCGAUUCCUAUGUCCCUGGGUAGCAGGUGGGCCGGGCAGUCACUGGGGAAAUAGGCCCCCUGGGGGAGGCAGCGGCGGGGCCAUGGCCCGGAGAUCGGGGCCAGCGCCGGCAGUCUAUGAUGAGGAGUUCUCCUUCGUCAGCCCCGUUGUGAAAUACCUGCUCUUUUUCUUCAAUAUGCUUUUUUGGGUGAUCUCCAUGGUACUGGUUGCUAUAGGAGUCUAUGCACGGCUAAUGAAGCAUGCAGAGGCAGCUAUGGCUAGCCUGGCAGUGGACCCAGCCAUCCUGCUGAUUAUAGUGGGCAUCCUCAUGUUUCUCCUCACUUUCUGUGGCUGCAUCGGAUCCCUUCGUGAAAACAUUUGCCUCCUACAAACAUUCUCUCUCUGCCUCACCAUUGUAUUCCUGCUCCAGUUGGCUGCCGGAGUCCUGGGCUUUGUUUUUUCAGACAAGACUCGUGGAAAAGUGAGUGAAAUCAUUAACAAUGCCAUCGUACACUACCGAGAUGACCUGGACCUACAGAACCUCAUUGAUUUUGGCCAGAAGGAGUUCCACUGCUGUGGUGGUAUCUCCUACAAGGACUGGUCCCAGAACAUGUAUUUCAAUUGCACAGAAGACAACCCCAGCAGGGAGCGGUGUUCUGUGCCUUUUUCCUGUUGUUUGCACAAAUCCAGCCAGACAGUAAUCAACACCAUGUGUGGCCAAGGUAUGCAGGCCCUUGACUACCUGGAGGCUGGUAAAGUCAUCUACACUAAUGGCUGCAUUGACAAGCUAGUCAACUGGAUCCACACCAACCUCUUCCUCAUUGGGGGUGUGGCACUGGGCCUAGCCAUCCCUCAGGAUGAAAGGUGGGCAUCAUCUACAGACAGCACUGGGCACAUCCCUGGGCAAAGAACAGAAACGUGGAUUCCCCUCGCCCAGUGACGUAAAAGCAAGCUGCAGACAGGCAGACAAAGGCAAAGGCAAGACUUGUAGAUGGCCUUCAUCACGGGAGGAUGAUCCUCCCUCACACUGGGCCAUGCCACAGGUUUUUUUUUGUUGUUGUUGUUGUUUUUUUAACUGAGAGAAUCUUAUAUUUUGUUUUUGUUUGGGUCUGCUUGGGCUUUUUAAAGUUGCUUUUAAACAAAAAUAUUUUAGAGGAUGCCAAUUGCAGUGUUGCUUCCCAGUGCAGGCAUCCCAGUAACCAGCCCAGUCUUUUCUAUCUCUGGACACUCAAAUUAGUGCCAACUAGAUUUGGGCACUGGAGGGAGUAGUAUACCAGUAGCCCCUGCCCAGGGUCCAGCUGGCAUAGUACCAGCUCCAAAAGCUUGACUGUAAGGUAGGGGGAGAGUUGUGAUCAUAGGAGUCAAAUGGGGACAGUUAUGUAUGUGUUGGGUAGCACUGUGGAAAGGGAUAUAGCUGCCAACUCCCCAUUCCGUGUUCCCCCUUAGAUAGUCAGGGCCAACUCCAUCCUGACCCCUCCUUCAUUUCCAUGGAAAUAUGGCAACAAGGGGGCAGGGGAAGCUGUGGCAGUCAAAUUUCAUCUUAAAAAAGUGGGGGAGCUUGGAGUUACAAUAUCUUCUUUGGCUGGUGCCUGGGGACUGUCCCUGUAGUGGCCAAGGUGGAUGUGACAGCCACACACUUUUACAACCUCUUCCUCUCGCCUGGCACUUUCCCCCAUGGGCAGACAUUUCAAAAAUCUUGGGCACAUGGGGAUAUUAAAGACAACAACUCCUUAGCCUCCUUCUCUGCCAGCCCCAAGACUGGCAUUGUUUAUGUACUGGCACAACUUUCUCUUUCUACAAGGUAAGAAACAGGAAUCCUUCAGCACUUGAGAAAGAAAAGUAUCCAACUGUGCUGAGCUCCGUUCCAUGUCCAUGCAGUCCUGGAAGCUAGAAGGGGGACAGGGAGCCCUAGUUCGAGCGAGGAAAGCAGAAAUAGCCCCCUAAUGGCUUCAGUACCCUGUGGAAGCGAUCUAUCCCUAUCUCCCCGUUCCCCACCUCCCCAUCUGGAUACCCCAGCUUUCGGCGAUUCCCUACCCAGUGUUUGAGGUGCCCUGAGGUUUCUAAUUAUCUCGAGGGGUGUCAUAAAUGUCUCCAAACAAAACUAAUUUCAAAUCACUUUAAUUAGGAAAACCUGUCAUUCAACAGUUGGGGGGGCGGGGCAGAUGUCAGGAAAUCAAGCCACUUCGCUCAUUGGUCUAGCCUCUACAUUGUAGGGGAGAAGAAGCCCUCCCUUGCUCGGUCUGGUUCGGGCUCGCUCGCUUGCUCGCUGCCCUACCUUUCUCCGAAGCGUUUGUGUGCGGGGACGUUCACAAUCGAACCCAUUCAGGUUUCAUGGCUUUCAGCCCACCUUGCUCCAGUUUAGAUGGAGAAAGAACAGCCGCCUCUCCAGGCCUUGGAAUUGGUGUUUGCUCUGGCCACCGGCGGGGGAGGGGAGGGAGGGAAGAGCACAGUUGCCAUAGUCUCAGACUGAAUGGAGAUGACUCCCACUUUCUGGGGCCUCGGCGGCGCUGCGUGGGCGGGGAGCCUGGAGGGGCGUGGCCAUUUCUCCGGCGGAUACUUGGCUGGGCAGAACCCAGCUGGGACUUUCUGGGUGGUCCCACCCGGCGUACCUCCUCGCCCCUCCCCCGGGCUCUCCGAGGAGGGUGUCCUGACCCGGCCCCUAAGCUGGCGCUGUAUGGAGUCUAGAAGGUAGAAUUGGGAGAGGAGCUCCCGCUGCUGCCCGUGCCGCUCUUAAGAUUCAGCCACAACGUCCCUCCUCAAGAGUCUGCGUGUUCGAACCCCCGCCCUGCUUUCCGGCCUGUCCAGAUCGUGCAUUUGGAUGGUUCAAUAACUUUAAAGGUCUUGAUACAAUAGGAUAUAAAAUGUGUGCCCGAGAGGCAAAAUCAGGCUUGGUGAGGAUUGCGGAAGGGUCCCUUCCUGACACACACACCCCGCCCCCAGUGAGGGGCUGCUCACCAGACGGAGAAGGGAAGUUCAUCCAAUAAACGUCGAAGGGGAUUGAACAUGGUU